AUGACCAUCAUGUCCCCUGGUUCCUCUCAAUUGCUGCCUAAGUACUUCAUCCUUCUAGGUGUUUCUGACAGGCCAUGGCUGGAGCUCCCUCUCUUUGUGGUCCUCUUGGUGUCCUACAUUCUGGCCAUGUUGGGGAACAUCGCUAUCAUCCUAGUGUCCCGUCUGGAUCCCCAGCUCCACAGCCCCAUGUACAUCUUUCUUGGGCACCUGUCCUUCCUGGACCUCUGCUACACCACCACCACAGUCCCUCAGAUGCUGGUCAACACGGGAAGUUCCAGGAAAACCAUCAGCUACGGUGGCUGCACAAUGCAGUAUGCAGUUUUCCACUGGUUGGGAUGCACUGAGUGCAUCAUCUUGGCCGCCAUGGCCCUGGACCGCUAUGUGGCCAUCUGUGAGCCUCUUCGGUAUGCUGUUAUCAUGCACCGUCCUCUCUGCCAACAGCUUGUGGCUGUGGCAUGGCUCAGUGGCUUUGGCAACUCCCUUGUUCAGGUAGUCCUGACCGUGCAGCUGCCUUUCUGUGGGCGGCAGGUGCUAAACAACUUUUUCUGUGAGGUACCAGCCAUGAUCAAGCUGUCGUGUGCUGACACAGCCAUGAAUGAUGCCACAUUGGCUGUGCUGGUAGCCUUCUUUGUCCUGGUCCCCCUAGCUCUCAUCCUUCUCUCCUAUGGCUUCAUCGCCCGAGCAGUGCACAGGAUCCAGUCCUCCAGGGGAAGGCACAAAGCCUUUGGAACCUGUUCCUCCCACCUGGUGGUAGUCUCCCUCUUCUACCUGCCAGCCAUCUACAUGUACCUGCAACCCCCUUCCAGCUACUCCCAAGAACAGGGAAAGUUUAUUUCCCUCUUCUAUUCCAUAAUCACCCCUACCCUCAAUCCCUUUAUCUACACCCUGAGGAACAAGGAUGUAAAGGGAGCUCUUCGAAGGCUCCAGUCUAGGAUCUGGAGGUUCUGUAGAUGA